AUGGUGCAGGAGUCACAGUGGGAGGUUUCAGCCAAGGAAAAGGGGGAAAUACAUAUAAAGGAACCUACAGAAAAGGAAGUAAAUCCACGCUUGUUACCAGGUGAACUGCUGCUUUGUGAAGCAAACACGGUGUACAAGUACAUACAAGAAGAUGGGUCAAAUCGUGGCACCUAUGGGAAGCUCAUAUGCACAAACUUCAAGAUUUCUUUCCUUGAUGAAGAUUCUGCUUCAGAUGACAAUGAGCCACAGUUCAAAAAUAAAAUCAUAGGAGAAAAUGACAUCACCCUGCAAUGUGUAGACCAAAUAUAUGGAGUUUAUGAUGAGAAAAAGAAACUCCUAACUGGACAACUGAGAAAAUACCCAGAGAAAUUAAUUAUCUACUGUAAAGACCUGAGAGUAUUUCAUUUCUGCCUUAGAUAUACAAAAGAAGAGGAAGUAAAAAGGAUUGUCAGUGGGAUAGUUCAUCAUAGCCAGACGCCUAAGCUGCUUAAACGCUUGUUUCUGUUCUCUUAUGCAUCAGCUGCCCCAAACAACACAGGUGGCAGAAACCAAACUGUGAUGUUUGAUACUCUCGAGGACUGGCGUGAUGAGCUGGAACGGACCAAAGGGAAUGUGAAAUAUAAAGCAGUGGUCACCAAUGAAGGCUACAGAGUUUCUGAAAAGUUGCCUUUGUAUUUUGUUGUUCCCAUAUGUGUCUCUGAAGAGAGUAUUUUGAAGUUCCAAGGCAGAGGCAUUCCUAUUUGGUGUUGGUCUUGCCAUAAUGGGGCUGCUCUUCUCAAAAUGUCUGCAUUUCCCAAAGAACAGGAUGACAACACUUCACAAAUGCAAAAAGCCUUCUUGGAUGGAAUCUAUAGGACAAUUAGCAAUCCUCCCUAUGAGCUCCUGAAAACAGAGGACCUGUCCAGCAGCCUUCCAUCUCUGCAAGAUAUUCAGACUGCCUACACAAGAUUUAAACAGCUCUUUUUGAUAGAUAACAGUACAGACUUUUGGGCGACUGAUGUGAAAUGGUUUUCACUGUUGGAGAGCACGAACUGGCUGGAGAUCAUCAGGCGAUUCUUGAAAAAAGCAAUUGAAGUUGCUGAAUGUCUGGAAAGACAGAAUUCAAAUGUUCUCCUUAUAGAAGAGAGUGCUACUGAUCUGUGCUGUGUUAUCUCCAGUCUGGUUCAAGUAAUGAUGGAUUCCUACAGCAGAACAAAGUCCGGAUUUCAGAGCCUUAUUCAGAAGGAGUGGGUAACUGGAGGACAUAGCUUCUUGGAUCGUUGCAACCACUUGCAUAAAAAUGACAAAGAGGAGGCUCCUCUUUUUCUGCUCCUGUUAGAUUGUGUCUGGCAGUUGGUGCAACAGUAUCCUCCAGCAUUUGAGUUCACGGAAACUUACUUAACAGUCCUGUCAGACAGCCUUUAUGUACCCAUUUUUAGCACUUUCUUCUUCAACUCACAGCAUCAGAAAGACACUAAUACGACUGGUGAAAGCCUCAAGACACAAAGUGGUCCUUUCAAAUUUCUUACUGUGUGGGAUUGGUCUGUGCAGUUUGAGCCCAAGGCCCAGGCUUUGCUGAGCAACCCUCUUUAUGCAGAGAAGUUAAAACCCGAUAAAAGUCAACGGAAAACUACUCGAUUCAAACAUCAGCGGCAGCUUUCUUUGCCAUUGACACAAACGAAGUCUUCUCCGAAGAGAGGAUUUUUCAGGGAGGAAACGGAUCAUUUAAUUAAAAACAUUCUGGGUAAAAGAAUUGGCAAGUUCAUCAUAAAUUCCUCAGAUGAACCUCACAAUAGCUUCAAGGARUUUUAUGAUAGCUGGCACAGUAAACCUGUUGACUAUCAUGGUCUUCUGUUACCUUCCAUCGAUGGGCCAGAAAUCAAAGUCUGGGCUCAACGGUAUUUACGAUGGAUUCCUGAAGCCCAGCUGCCUGGUGGUGGUACAAUAGCCACAGCUGCYAAGAUUUUGGACUUGAUGGAAGAAGUACAGAGCUUGCAAGUGAAAAUGGAUGAAGAACACAGCCAAGCUAUUUCUCGAGAUGUGCAGGCCGUCCCCAUGCUGAGAAAUUCUGCUCGUUUGUCAUCCUUGUUUCCCUUUGCUUUACUUCAGAGACAGUCUAUUAAGCCAGCUUUGCCCACUAGCACUUGGAAAGAUUUGGAAGAUGAAGAUGACUUGGUCAAGAGGGAUGAUGAAUUYGUUGACCUAAGUGGUGAUAUGUCAUAAAUUGUAUAUAAAUUAAAGUAUGAUUUAUGUGCCUAAAGUCUCUGUUUUAAAUGUCUUGCUAUAUUCUAACAUAAGGAGCUCAAGCAUCUGCAGCUUCAGUCAGUUUGUGGAGUUUAAAAAAAUAACACAAGAUUGGUUGGGGAAAAAAGUGACCAUGAUUAACUGAGCAUAUUUUAAACUUCUAUUUCACUCUUAAGUGUUGCAAAACUCACAUUUUUAGCCUAGGUCUAAUAAAAAACAAGUCUAUGAUAGAGCAGCCAUAUGGCCACUGUUUAAAAAAAGCUUUUCUGUGAAGGUGGCAUACUAAAGACAUGCAGCAGUAAUCAUGAGGAAUCUGUUGGAUGUCAAUAUUUUAUCACCCUUCUUCCSCUUGAGCAAGACAUACCAAGAUCGGUAUUUCACUGUCAGUCAGUUGUUAAUACAUCUGCUUUUUCUCUUUCCUCUUGUGAAAUAAACAGGGAAAGUGGUAACUAAAUAUAAAAAUUACUCACAAAUGCCUGGCUGAGAAAUCAACCUGUUGUCACCAUGGUUCUUUGGGCUACUCCACUGUGAACUGAAGGCAGGUGCUUGUCAGCCUUGUGUUCACCUCUGGCUUGUGRAGCUGCUUCUUGGGUAGUAUUUUAAUGGCAGCUGCCUCUCCUCAGCCUCCAGCAAUAAGGAUCAGAUGCAGGGCCUUAACUACAUGUUGAGCCUUACUGUGGGGCUCUUGUGCUCUGCUCUCCUGCUGCUUUGCUGUAUUAAGUCCCCAGUGCUCCCUGAUGAUUGUAGGAAGUGACCUGAGACUCUUUGUCAGUACUACUUUUUCCUCUUAAUACAGUGAGAGRUUUCAUUCCAGACUCAGUUUAUACCAGUUGCCUUUGAGUUUUUCUGCAGCUUGCACUGGGACCCUCCACCUAGCAGAACAGUUUGCAGUCGUGCAGGGAAGCUGGAUUUGCAGCUCUCGCUGCUGGCCAUGGAGCGGUGGUGCAGCUCCUGAAUGUGGCUUUCAGGAUCAUUGCAGCCUGUUGCUGGAUGUUACAGCAGUACCUCAGUGAAGAGAAAAAGCCAUAAAGAAAAUGCCUGUCAACUUUCUCAUCUACUGUGUCUGUUUAUGUAAAAAUAUUUUUGCUGCGAAUAGUUGCCCUUUGUAAAGUUGAGUUUUACUUGGUUAAAUCUAUUUUGAAUGUGUAAAUUCUACAGUAUCCCAAGAAUGGAUGCAAGUCAUAAAAUAGUUACUUUGAAAGUGUAGAAAUUGAAUGUUUUCUCUGUACUCUAAUACAAAUGUAAAGAUCCAAGCUUGAAGACUUAGGUGAUGGAGAAACCGUCCCCUAAAUUGGAUCAGCUCAAUGUUAUCAGGGAAAUUAAACUAGGUUACUGACCAGUCACUUCACACUGAAUUAUAGG